UAAACCUUGCCAAUAAAGAAAACCCUUCUUCUAAAACCCUAGCUGGUAGCAUCCUUAAGCCCUUAACGCCCCUUUAGAAAAAAGGAGAAGCCGGAGCAUAAAAAAGCCGGCGGGUAUAUUACGCGGUCGUCGAGAAUUCGUCACUAUUAAGAGAGUGCUUGCUGAAAUGGGAGAGAAGGGCAAAAAAAGUAAAACAAUGUCAAAAUCUCCAAGUGCUGCUAAAGAACAUAAAGAGCAGCUUGAAAGGCUCCAGAAAAAGGAUCCAGAGUUCUACCAGUACUUGCAACAAUACGGCAAAGACCUUCUUACGUUUGAUGAUGAAGAUGAAGAUUUUGACGAUGAUGCUGAAGUUGACAUGGAAGAUGCAGAAAACCAGUUGGAUGAUGAGACUUAUCAGCAUGAUAUCCCUGAGGAAGAGGAGAAACCAUCCAAAAACGUUUUAACUACUGAAAUGGUUAAUUCUUGGUGUAAGUCAAUCCGAGAGGAUGAGAAACUAAGUGCAGUCCAUUCUAUUAUGAAGGCUUUUAGGACUGCUUGUCACUAUGGUGAUGAUACUGGGACCGACUCUUCAGCUAAGUUUGCUGUCAUGUCAAGCAGUGUAUUUAACAAAAUAAUGUUGUUUACACUAUCUGAAAUGGAUAGAAUACUCCGCAAAUUGUUGAAACUUCCUGCUUCUGGCGGAAAGAAAGAGACCGUAAUUGAGCUAAUGAACACAAAACAAUGGAAGAACUAUAACCACUUAGUGAAGUCGUAUCUUGGAAAUGCCCUACACGUUUUGAACCAAAUGACUGACACAAAAAUGAUAUCAUUCACUUUAAGGCGUCUCCAGUAUUCGUCUGUGUUUUUGGCUGCUUUUCCAAGCCUUCUCAGGAAAUACAUCAAGGUAGCACUUCACUUUUGGGGUACAGGAGGCGAUGCUCUGCCUGUUGUCUCCUUUCUAUUUCUUAGAGAUCUUUGUGUUCGCCUAGGAUCAGAUUGUUUAGAUGAAUGUUUCAGAGGGAUCUACAAAGCCUAUGUUUUGAACUGCCACUUCGUUAAUGCAUCUAAAUUACAGCAUAUCCAAUUUCUCGCCAAUUGUGUCGUAGAACUUAUUCGAGUGGACCUUCCAACGGCAUAUCAACAUGCAUUUGUUUUUAUCAGACAAUUAGCAAUGCUUCUCCGGGAUGCACUCAACAUGAAAACUAAGGAAGCAUACCGCAAGGUUUAUGAAUGGAAGUUUAUUAACUGUCUUGAACUUUGGACUGGAGCUAUCUGUACCUAUAGCUCAGAAGCUGAUUUUAGGCCGCUUGCUUAUCCAUUGACCCAAAUUAUUUCUGGGGUUGCCCGUCUAGUUCCAACUGCUCGAUAUUUUCCGCUUAGAUUGAGGUGUGUUAAAAUGCUGAACCGCAUUUCUGCAGCUACUGGUACGUUUAUUCCUGUUUCUAUGCUUCUUUUGGACAUGCUGGAGAUGAAAGAGUUAAAUAGACCUCCCACUGGAGGUGUUGGCAAAGCCGUUGAUUUACGUACAACACUCAAGGCAAGCAAGCCCAUUCUAAAGACACGAGCCUUCCAGGAGGCAUGUGUGAUUUCUGUGGUUGAAGAGCUCGCUGAACAUUUAGCUCAAUGGAGCUAUUCUGUUGCUUUCUUUGAAUUGUCUUUUAUUCCAGCUGUGAGGCUGCGUUCCUUCUGCAAAUGUACUAAAGUUGAAAGAUUCCGAAAAGAAAUGAGGCAUCUUAUUCGUAAGAUUGAGGCUAAUGAUGAGUUUACUAAUGAAAGGCGUGCAUCAGUUACAUUUCUACCAAAUGAUAAUGCAGCAACUUCUUUUCUUGAGGAUGAGAAAAAGAUGGGGACUAGUCCUCUCUCACAGUAUGUUACAACACUGCGUCAAAGAGCACAACAGAGAAAUGAUUCAAUGAUGGAAUCCAGUGUUCUUGUUGGCGAAAAGUCUGCUGUUUUUGGUAAAAAGCUUGAUCAGAUCCCUGAUAGUGAUGAAGAAGAUGAUAUCAAGAAUGACGAUGGUGCUACAGUUUUUAGUUCCUCCUGGUUACCUGGAGGUGAUUCCAGGGCCAAUCUCCCAAAGGAGGAGGAGAAGAAAAAGAAGAAGAAGAAGAAGAAGAAGAAAGGGAUGGAACAAGAUGAAGGGGUUGGUGACGAUGAAGAUGUUGUGGAAGACUUGGUACUUAGUUCGGAUGAAGAUGAAGAUGAAGAAGAUACUGCCGAGGAAGACGGCAAUGAAGAGCAGCUAGGUGGUAGCAGACAGCAGAACAAGAAGCAAAAACCUAAGAAUAUAUCAAACAAGAAUGUAAGACCUCAUCAUCACGCAAAAAAUAAUAAAUCAAAGAAGAGAAAAAGAGCUAAGCUAAAUUAACCAACUCUUGUAACUCAUCAUCAGCUGGAGCUGCUCUUUUGUUUAUGGUUUUUUUAAAGAAAAAUAGAUAAUGGCUUUUCAACGUA